AUGGUCGAGGAGAUCAGACUGGCUCAAACAAACAGCUGCACACAACGGUCGUAUGAACCGCACGCCGGACGAAAUACGUUUGCGGUGGGGAGGGGUAUGAUUGCGGCGCGGGACGAGGGUCAGUUCGCCGAUGAUCAACGUUGGAUGUCAUCAUUUCGAGUCGAAAUCCUCGAAUUUUCAGGGGCUUUGAGGAUAAGAAAAGAAGGUGGCAGUGCGUACAAGGUGUUUGAGGAAAUGCCAUACAGGGACACCGUUGUUUGGAACAUGUUGAUUUCUUGUUGCACGCGCAACGGGCGUACCCAUGCUGUGUGGCCUUUGAAAAUUUGCGACGGGGUGAGCGUGGAGCCCAUUGGAGGUCGAGAGUCUUAUUGGUAUCUGCGUCUCCCCAACAACGGCAUUCGCGCAAAGAUGUCGUCUUACAUUCGAACAUCGAACGCGUUUAGUUUCAAUAUUUGGUGCCUUCCCAUGGUGAUAAUUCUGAUGGAAACGAGAUUGUGUCGGAUUCGCAUUGAGGGCGAAUCCUUUCAAACAUGA